UUCACCAUUUCUUUAUUUUAGCAGAAGCCCACCCGAAACAUGGGUGCCCAGAUACGCUUAUUUUGGAUGGUGUUGAUACCUUCUGCUCUCCUACAUGAAUCAGGUGCUCAGCAGUUGCGUUUAGUGAAUGGAUGGAACAAGUGUGUUGGGAGAGUUGAAGUCAACUACGAAGGAACUUGGGGGACUGUUUGCGAUGACAACUUUGAUAAGAAAAAUGCACAUGUAGUGUGCAGACAACUUGAUUGUGGAGAGGCAACCACGGUGUAUGGAUGGUCUUAUUUUGGCCGAGGAGCUGGACCCAUACUCCUGGACGAUGUGAACUGCACAGGAAGUGAACUCUACCUCUGGGACUGUCCUCAUGCUACAUGGUUGGUAAAUGACUGUGGGCACAAUGAAGACAUCAGUGUCGUCUGCUCAGGUAACAUCUCUCUGUACACUAUGUAG